AUGGAAGGCUUCUACCAGACAAACCCAGAGCUGGACCAGCUUUCACACCCAGCUGAGGAAAUGCAAUCAGGACACCUCCAACCCAAUGUCUUAGCCGUGCCCAUUCAGGAUGCCUCGCUCCCACCCCAGCUUCAGCAGCAGCUUCAGCAACCACCACCACCAACAUUGCCCAACCACAUGAUUCCCAGCCAGACUGUAAUCCCAGGCAGUCAAAUGGAAGGCGUCAUACGUGAGGGACACAACGAUAUGCAAAGACGAAGAAGCAUGCCCCAGGCCUACGGGACCGCCCUAGCCUCCAACUCGCAGGUUACUCCACCUCGACGCAUGUCGACUAUCGGUCCUCCCAGAGACAUGAUGGCGUUCGAUCCCGGAGCAGUUGGGUUUAGCAAUUACCAGUUUAACCCAGAAAUGCCACCUCCCUUUUCUGCUGUGAACACCAGUAUCGGCGUGCAAGACCAGAUAGGCAGCUAUGUGACAGAUGCUGGCAGCUUCUCAGCCAUCCCCCAGGAUAUCAUGGGUACCAUGAUGCCGUCUCAAUUUGCCAGUAUGGAUAUGGGCGGGAUAACGGCCGAGCCUUCGGCCAUGGAUCUAUUCCCUGGCACAAGUGCCCCAGCACCGGACCUUGCUGCUUCGUCUAUCGCUGGCCAGCUAGAUGCAGGUCAGCUCGCACCCGGCAACAAUGACUUUGUCCUGGCUGGUAACCCUACCGGCGGAUCGCUGGGAAGCCGCUCAAACAGCGGCCAUAGAGGCAUGGCGAUUGUUCAUGACGAGAAUAUGAUGAAUGCGACCCCUCAGCCAUUCACAUCGAUUAACGCAGGUCCUUCCCACCUUGGUAUCGAAACUGACAUGACGGGAUUUGGGCCAACUAUGUCUCCUUCUCUCCCUGGGCCGGUGGCAGUCGCUCCAGCGCAGCAAAAUACAGCAUCAAUGGACAUGGUUCAGUCAAGCUCCGCCGGCCCUGCAACUCCAAUCCAGGCUUCGACUUCCAGGGAACAAUCCAAAGAAAAGACUAUUUACUCUAAAAGUGGUUUCGACAUGUUAAAAGCACUGUGGCUAGUUGCGACUCGGAAGAACCCUAAAAUCCAUCUUGGCGCUGUCGAUAUGUCCUGUGCCUUUGUCGUUUGUGAUGUCACGAUGAAUGAUUGCCCUAUAAUAUACGUAUCUGAUAAUUUCCAGAAUCUUACUGGUUAUAGCCGCCAUGAGAUUAUUGGGAAAAACUGUCGUUUCCUUCAGGCACCCGAUGGAAAGGUCGAGGCCGGCUCAAAACGAGAGUUCGUUGAUGACGGAGCAGUAUUUAAUCUCAAAAGGAUGAUCCAGGAGGGCCGCGAGGUGCAGCAAAGCUUAAUCAACUAUCGAAAGGGAGGAAAGCCUUUCCUCAACCUCUUGACCAUGAUACCUAUACCGUGGGAUACCGAUGAGAUUAGAUACUUUAUUGGCUUCCAAAUUGAUCUCGUCGAAUGCCCCGACGCCAUCUCUGGUCAGGAACUGGGCGGAGUUACAGUCAACUAUAAGCACAGUGAUAUUGGCCAAUAUAUAUGGACUCCGCCAGUGGCCAAUCAGUUGGAGCCCGACAACGGACAGACGCUCGGUGUGGAUGAUGUCUCUACCCUCCUACAGCAGUUUAAUCCGAACGGGCUCGUAUCGGAUUGGCAUAGGCAAUCCUGGGACAAGAUGCUCCUCGAGAAUACUGAUGAUGUGGUCCACGUCAUAUCACUCAAAGGCCUCUUUCUCUAUCUAUCGCCUUCAUGCAAACGCGUCCUUGAGUACGAUGCCGCCGACCUGGUUGGCAACCCAUUGUCUUCGGUUUGCCAUCCUUCAGAUAUUGUUCCCGUGACACGGGAGCUGAAAGACGCAACGACUGGCAGCCAGGUCAACAUUGUUUUCAGGAUACGGCGGAAACAGAGUGGGUAUACUUGGUUCGAAAGCCACGGGUCACUAUUCGUCGAUCAAGGCAGAGGACGUAAGUGCAUCAUUCUAGUCGGCAGAAAGCGGCCCGUGUUUGCACUUGGUAGGCGCACUUUGGAAGCGAACGGCGGUAUUGGUGAUAGCGAGCUGUGGAGUAAAUUGUCCACGUCUGGAAUGUUUCUCUCGGUUUCGGCGAAUAUCAGGUCGCUUUUAGACCUACAGCCUGAGUCGUUGGUUGGAACAAGCAUUCAGGAGCUGAUGCGGAAGGAAUCACGAGCCGAGUUUGGGCGUACGAUUGAAAAGGCAAGGAAGGGGAAGAUAUCUACUUGCAAGCAUGAAAUGCUCAAUAGGCGCGGGCAGGGACUCCAAGCUCAAACCACUCUAUAUCCCGGGGACGCCUCUGAGGGCCAAAGGCCGUCUUUCGUCUUGGCUCAAACGAAGCUGUUGAAAGCAUCGUCCCGCCAUGCUCCGUCGACUCUAACUGCAAGCAACGCGCUAUAUGCCGCCAACUCUUUGAGAACUGAUAUGCAUAGCCAGGGAACCCCCCAUGGCGGCCAAAUUCUUCAGCCAGCAGCUGGAGUGAUUGCUGCAGCGUCUCAGGAUGCAGCUCUAGCGUCCGAUGACAACAUCUUCGAUGAACUGAGGACAACGAAAUGCUCGAGCUGGCAGUUUGAGCUGCGGCAGAUGGAGAAAAUUAAUCGCAUUUUGGCAGAGGAGCUGGGCGGUUUACUGUCGAACAAGAAAAAACGGAAGAGAAGAAAGGGAGUUGGGAACGUAGUUCGUGAUUGCGCCAAUUGCCAUACACGAAACACUCCAGAAUGGAGAAGGGGACCAAGCGGACAGCGAGACCUGUGUAAUAGUUGCGGCUUACGGUGGGCCAAACAGACUGGACGAGUCUCUCCACGCAACUCUACACGAGGGGGCCAUAGCGGGAAUACUGAUUCUCAGAGUAAGAAAUCAACAUCCCCAAUUCACUCUUCGCCGCUACAUAGGAGUGAAACGCCAAACCAAACACAGAGCAACAAUGAGAACAACCCAGAUCUGGCGCAACUUGCGGACAAAAUAGCAGCGGCGACUGCUGGCACGGACUCGGUGGCAGGACAACAUCCCCCGUCAACCAUGCCACCUCCAAGUCAAUCAUCUCUAGCUACUGGUGCUACCGGCUCAGGAAUGACGUCGAUACGGGAAGAGCGCGAAAAUAGCCAAACAUGAGAAGCUAGCCGAGUCCAUCUCGCUGAUUUGGUUACCAAACGUAAGAAGAAGCUUCCUGCUCAACCAAGCAUCCCCUCCCCCUUUUUUCUUUUUCUUCACAUGAGAGCUGCUGGCUGGUCCUGGCCCUUUGAAACUAUACAAUAACUGAAAACGACGCACACGAUCUUGUUUUUCUUUACUCACCCUGCCGCAGCAUAUGUAUAGAGGGAAUGGAAUGGUGGCUAGCUAUGAUGAUUGUGCAGCCAUUGUCCAGUCUCUUUUGAACACCAGGCAGCAACCCCCCCCCCCCCCC